AUGGCAAUGGUUUCUUCAACUUUGAGCUCUAAUUAUGGUGGUGCUGAUGUUAGUAAACGCCAUGCUGCUUUUCAAUUCUUGGUCUCUCGUUAUCAUUUCAACAACUCUAAAGUAUUACUUAAAGGACGCAAUACUGGGUUCUCUUCACGUCGAGGAUUUCGAGUUUCUUGCGAAAUCAAGACAGAGGAGAUUAAGAUAAGAAGGUUUUCACCUUACCUAGAAAGGACUUUAGUUUCCAGCAGUGGUGCCUUAAACUCUGAUGAUUGGAGAGCAGUUCCUGACAUUUGGAGGUCUUCAGCAGAGAAAUAUGGUGAUCGGAUUGCAGUGAUGGAUCCGCAUCAUGAUCCACCUACAAGUAUGACUUAUAAACAGUUGGAGCAGGAAAUAUUAGAUUUUUCUGAAGGCCUAAGGGUUAUUGGAGUUAAGCCAGAUGAGAAGCUUGCAUUUUUUGCUGAUAAUUCAUGCCGGUGGCUUAUUGCAGAUCAAGCUAUGAUGGCCAUGGGAGCUGUUAAUGUGGUGAGGGGAUCAAGAUCAUCUGUUGAAGAGCUAUUUCAAAUAUACAAUCACUCUGAAAGUGUUGCACUUGCAGUGGACAAUCCUGAAUUGUUCAAUCGAAUUGCAGAAACAUUUUGUUCCAAGGCAGCUCCCAGAUUUGUCAUUCUCCUUUGGGGAGAGAAGUCACACCUUGCUACCAAUGGAAUGGAGGGGAUACCUAUUUUUAAUUACAAGGAGCUAAUAGAUUUGGGGCAAGAAAGCCGUAAAGCUUUUGUUGAUUCUGAUGAUGCUAGGAAGCACUACAAAUACGAAACAAUAAGCUCUGAUGAUAUUGCUACACUUGUUUAUACUAGUGGAACUACUGGAAAUCCAAAAGGUGUGAUGCUUACACAUAAGAAUCUGCUGCACCAGAUAAAUAAUUUGUGGGAAAUUGUGCCUGCUCAACCUGCGGACAGAUUUCUGAGUAUGCUUCCAACUUGGCAUGUAUAUGAGCGAGCUUGUGAGUAUUUCAUAUUUGCGCAUGGAACUGAACAAGUAUACACAACUGUCAGAAAUUUAAAGGUUGAUCUGCAGCAAUAUCAGCCGCAUUACGUGAUCUCUGUUCCUUUAGUAUUUGAGACGCUUUACAGUGGCAUACAAAAACAAAUUUCUACAAGCUCCACUCUUCGUAAACUUCUUGCACUUACCUUCAUAAAGAUGAGCUUGGCAUACAUGGAGAUGAAGAGAAUUUAUGAGGGAACUUAUCUUACAAGGUCUCAGAAGGAACCAUCGUAUUUUGUUUCAAUGCUGGACUGGUUAUGGGCAAGAAUCAUUGCUGCAAUCUUGUUGCCAGUACAUAUGUUGGCUAAGAAGCUUGUUUACAGUAAAAUUCACUCAGCAAUUGGAAUGAGCAAGGCUGGCAUAAGUGGUGGUGGUAGUUUACCUGCACACGUUGACAAGUUUUUUGAGGCAAUUGGUGUUGUAUUGCAGAAUGGAUAUGGUAUGACAGAGUCAUCUCCAGUCACUGCUGCUCGACGACCUAGCAAAAAUGUUCUUGGUUCAAUUGGGGAUCCAAUUCAGCAUACAGAAUUUAAAAUUGUAGAUGCAGAAACUGGUGAAUCUCUUCCACAUGGCUCAAAAGGGAUUGUAAACGUCAGAGGGCCACAAGUGAUGAAAGGUUACUACAAGGUUGUUGGGGCUUCAAUUUUGGAUACCAGUAGUGUAGAAUGGGGUUUAUUUGGGGCUGAAUUGGGAUUGUUUGAAGCUAAUCCAUUGGCCACAAAGCAAGCUGUAGAUGAGGAUGGUUGGCUAAACACUGGUGAUAUAGGUUGGAUAGCUCCUUACCAUUCAAGAGGGCGAAGCCGUCAUUGUGGAGGGGUUAUUGUUCUUGAAGGCCGUGCCAAGGAUACUAUAGUUCUUUCGACAGGUGAAAAUAUUGAGCCCUUGGAGCUUGAGGAAGCUGCAAUGAGGAGUAGUCUUAUUCAACAGAUUGUUGUUAUUGGCCAGGAUCAACGUCGUCUUGGAGCUAUAGUUGUUCCAAACAAAGAGGAGGUACUAGAGGCUGCAAAAAAGUUGUCCAUUGUAGAUGCAGAUGCCUCAGAGCUGAGUAAGAAGCAGGUCACCGGCCUGAUAGAUGAAGAAUUAAGGAAGUGGUAA